AUGUCGGGCGGCUUCAGCUACGUGUACAAGCGCGGUGAGUGAUGAGCACAUGUGGUCCACAGUCUGUGCCAGUGACGAUGGCUGAUCGACGGCACUGUCCCUGUCCCCGUCCCCGUCCCCACCUCUUCGCCCUUGCAGAUGGUCGCAAGGAGAGCGUCAAGUUUGACAAGGUGACGGCUCGCGUCAGCAAACUAUGCUACGGACUCGACAUGGCCUUCGUCGACCCCAUCGAGAUCACACGAAAGGUGAGUUGGGCCAUCGUUGUGCUCGUCGCCUUGAGAGGAUGGCACGCGUCGCAACGCGUCGCGUCAUCCAACCACCUCGACGAGUGAACAGCACCCGCGAGACCGCCAAGGCAAGCGCGCACUGACAUUACAUUCUCCUUCUCACCGCGACUGGCUCGCAUCACUCCCAUCUAGGUCAUCGAUGGCAUCUACUCUGGCGUCACCACCGUCGAGCUGGACAACUUGGCCGCAGAGACUGCAGCGUACAAGACCACCACCCAUCCAGACUACGCCGUCCUCGCGGCGCGCAUCGCCAUUUCCAAUUUGCACAAGGAGACCAGCAAGACGUUUUCAAAGGUGGUGCAGGACCUGUACGAUUAUGGUGAGUGUCGUCUGCCCUUGGCAAUAUGAGGCGUGUGCGGCGUGUAUGCGCUAGCGUCGUCCACCGGCUGAGCUUGUCCCCCACCCCCUCCGGCACCGCAGUCAACCCAAAGAACGGCCGACACAGCCCGAUGAUCAGCGAUGCGACGUACCAGUCCAUCAUGAAGAACAAGGAGCAGCUCGACUCUGCCAUCAUCUACGAGCGCGAUUUCCACUACGUAAGUCUUCUUGCUGCUGCUGCUGCUGCUCGUCGUGCGCUGCUGACCCCUCGCUCCAUUCGACGCUAUAGAACUACUUUGGCUUCAAGACGCUGGAGCGAUCAUACCUGCUUCGCAUCAAUGGACGCGUCGCCGAACGUCCUCAGCACAUGAUUAUGCGCGUCGCCGUUGGCAUCCACGGCGAUGACGUCGAUUCCGUGAUUGAGACGUACAACCUCAUGUCCGAAAAGUACUUUACCCACGCCUCCCCGACCCUCUUCAACGCCGGCACGCCUCACCCUCAACUCUCGUCGUGCUUCCUCGUCUGCAUGAAGGAUGACAGCAUCGACGGCAUCUACGACACUCUCAAGACGUGCGCCAUGAUUAGCAAGACUGCCGGUGGUAUAGGCCUGAGCAUCCACAACAUUCGCGGCACCGGAAGCUACAUUGCAGGCACCAAUGGCUUUAGCAACGGCAUCGUCCCCAUGCUGCGAGUCUUCAACAACACUGCACGCUACGUUGACCAAGGUGGCAACAAGAGGCCUGGCGCCUUUGCCAUCUACGCCGAGCCCUGGCACUCUGACAUUUUCGAGUUCCUGGACCUGCGCAAGAAUCACGGAAAGGAGGAAGUGCGAGCACGCGAGCUGUUCUACGCGCUGUGGAUCCCAGACCUCUUCAUGAAGCGUGUCGAACAGAACGGCGAGUGGAGCUUGAUGUGCCCCAACGAGUGCCCUGGCAUGGCCGAAGUCUAUGGCGAGGAGUUUGAAGCGCUGUACGAAAAGUACGAAGCGGAGGGUCGCGCCAAGCGCACCAUCAAGGCGCAAAAGCUGUGGUACGCCAUCUUGGAAGCGCAAAUCGAGACUGGCAACCCCUUUAUGCUGUACAAGGAUGCGGCGAACCGCAAGAGCAACCAGAAGAACCUGGGCACCAUCAAGAGCAGUAACCUGUGCACCGAGAUCAUCGAGUACUCUGCGCCAGACGAGGUUGCCGUCUGCAACUUGGCAUCCAUCGCCCUGCCAUCGUUCAUCGACACUUCGACCAAGUCGUACAACUUUAAGAAACUUCACGCCGUCGCAAAGGUCAUCUGUGGCAACCUGAACCGCAUCAUCGACGUCAACUACUAUCCCGUCGAGGAGGCGCGUCGUUCCAACUUCCGUCACCGUCCCAUCGGCAUCGGAGUGCAAGGUCUGGCCGAUGCUUUCAUGAUCCUCGGCAUGGCCUUUGACUCGCCCGAAGCGCGCAAGCUCAACAAGCAAAUUUUCGAGACCAUCUACCACGCCGCACUGGAGCGCUCUUGCGAGCUUGCCCAACGCGACGGUCCCUACCAGACCUACCAAGGCUCGCCCGCCUCCAAGGGAGAGCUGCAGUACGACAUGUGGGGCGUCACACCUUCUGACUUGUGGGAUUGGACCACGCUGAAGAGCAAGAUUUCCGAGCACGGUCUUCGCAACUCGCUGCUGCUCGCACCCAUGCCUACCGCCUCCACCUCUCAGAUUCUCGGCUUCAACGAAUGCUUUGAGCCCUACACAUCCAACAUCUACACGCGUCGUGUGCUGGCCGGAGAGUUCCAAGUUGUCAACCCGUGGUUGCUGCGCGAGCUGGUCGAGCAGGGUCUGUGGAAUGAGGGCAUGAAAAACCGCAUCAUUGCCCAUGGCGGCUCCAUCCAAAACGUUCCCGGCAUACCCGACAGGAUCAAGGCGCUCUACAAGACGGUGUGGGAGAUUUCGCAAAAGUCGAUCAUCGAGAUGGCUGCCGAUCGUGGAGCAUUCAUCUGCCAAAGUCAAAGCUUGAACAUUCAUCUGCAAUCGCCGACGUUUGGACAGCUCACCUCGAUGCACUUUUACGGCUGGAAGAAGGGACUCAAGACGGGCACGUACUAUCUGCGCACCAGGCCUGCCGCCAACGCCAUUCAGUUCACCGUCUCUGCCGAGGAGCAAGCUGCAGCCAAGGCUGCCAACAAGGCCGGCUCCAAGGGCAAGGCGCCUGCUGCUGCUGCUGCUGCUGCUGCGCUGCCCAUCGCCUCGGCCGCACCCAUCGGCAAGACGUCCGCAGCUGCCGUCGCUGCCAAGAGCCUCGCUCCUCGACCGUCGCCAGUCGACGUCUCUUCCGUACCACCCACACCCUCCAGCAUCGCUGCGUCUUCCAGCACUGCUUCUUCCGCUGCACCCAGUCCCAUUGUCUUGCCCGUGGAUGCCGCACGAGCAGCCGACAUCUCGACGGAAUCUGCAACGAGCAGCAAAUCGACAGAGAUUUCUACUAGCGCGCCUGCAGACGAAGGCUUUGAAGCUGCCAAGGCUAGAGCUGCGGAAAGAGAACGCGAAGCUGCUGCGCUGCUUUGCAGUCUCGAGAAUCCUGGUGGUGAGUUUGUGUGCGGAUGUUGGCUAUUCCUUCACGACUCUUUGGAAGCUCACUCUUCUGAUCCCUGCUCUCUCCCCCUUCCAGCUUGCACCAUGUGCAGCGGCUGA